AUGGCGGUCCCCCAGUCGACCAUCCCGGCAAUCAUUCGACGCCCCUUUGUUCAGAGCUUCACCUGGCUGUAUCUUCUUCUGCAGGCAGUACUGAAUUAUCUCUUCGCCCCUAUUCCCCCUCCCCCAGCGACAAAGAACCUAUCCGCUCCGCGGAAGCGCGUUGCGGUCAUCGGCGCUGGGUUGACGGGAGUCUCAUCUGCAGCGCAUUGCGUGGGCCAUGGAUUCGAUGUCCAAAUUUUCGAGUCCAGGGCUCAGAACGAGGGGCUUGGUGGAAUCUGGAGUAGAGUCAAUUCGACCUCCGGACUGCAGGUGCACAGCUUGAUGUAUCGGUUCCACCCCUCAGUUCACUAUGACACCGCCUACCCAGCUCAGGGACAAGUCCGUGAGCAGAUCGUGGAUCUGUGGAAACGGUAUGAUCUAGAACGACGGACGGUGUUUGACACGCGCGUCAUAUCGGUUCAGAAGACCAAGAAUGGACAGUGGAUUAUCAACCAAGACGAAGAUCAGUAUGGCCAGUUUGACGGCGUCGUCGCCGCCGUGGGGGUUUGCGGGGACCCCCAGAUGCCAACGCUACCCAACCAGGAUAAGUUUCAAGGACAAAUUUUCCACUCCUCCAAUCUCGAUGGCAAGGAUGCCAAGGGCAAGAAGAUUUUGAUCGUGGGUGGGGGAGCUAGUGCGAUUGAAGCGCUCGAGUUUGCUGUCAAGUCGGGUGCUGCUGAGAUCGAUGUGCUCUCCCGGUCCGACAAAUGGAUUAUCCCUCGCAAUGUGUUGGUUCAAUCUUUGUUGGCCCUCAAUGUUUUCGGUCAAGAAACUUUCCUGUCCUGGAUUCCAGAAUGGUUGCUGCGCAAGUUCUUCUACCGGGACCUUCAGGACAUUGCCCCGACCGAUGAUGGGAUCUUCACCCAAACGCCCAUGGCCAACUCGGAGCUCUUUGAUCAGAUUCGCCAAGGUAAGGCGCACUGGUUGCGGGGUGAUAUUGUGUCGGUGGAAGAGAAGGGUGUACUCUUUAACCAUCGAGCGCAUGGCGUGCCCAAGGGUGGACCAGGCAAGGAGCAGUUGGUCGAAGGCGACAUCAUCGUCAUGGCGACCGGAUUCAAACGGCCCUCGCUCACCUUCCUGCCCGAGGAGGUCUUUGAAGAGCCAUACGGUCCACCCAACUGGUACCUCCAAGUGUUUCCACCCAAGUACCCUGACAUCUGUGCCAACAACAGCACAUACAUCGAUGCAAUCGGGACCGUGGGAAACAUGCACAUCGGAAUCUACACGCGGUUCUUGAUGAUGUUCAUGACCGACCCCUUGACGCGACCCACGGAAGAAUGGAUGAAAAUGUGGAUUGAUUUCACGCGGUUUAUGAAGCGAUUGGCACCUACCCGGGCCUUUCACUUUUUCACCUACGCCGAACUAUUCUACUGGUACAUUUUUGUCUUGCUCAUUAACCCGUUCCGCUGGAAGUGGGCUCUGUUUGUCUUCUUUGGCAUAGGCCAUGGCCUGCCGCUGAUAGUGGUGGAACAGGAGAACCUAUUUCGUAAAGAGCUACGGAAAGAGCGAAAGGUCCAAUAA